GUCAUCAGUUCGUAUAGCCGCACGUGGAUCAAAUAUGGAUGCCUCUUCGGCUCUGUUGGCGGACGGCGAUUCCAGCCUUGCGGGAUCGAUAGUGGCGGAGCAGUUGCAGACGCUGAAGGUCGCCUGCGAGGGAAGCCCCAAUGCAGCCGCAGCGUGCCCGCAGGGACCCGCUUUGAAGGAGGGCGAGGAUCAAGUCCCGCUUUCUCCAAAACGCCUUGGUAGAGAAGUCUCCGCGAACUGCUCGGAGCUUCCACAGGAACCAGGGCCUCCUUGGGUCGCCCCGAAGGGAGGCGGUGUUGAAGAAAAUGCUCCUCAUCCUGGCCUUUCCGCUGAAGAGAAGCCGGCUCCUCCUGGGAAUGGCAACGGCCGGAAGCCUCCCGGAACGGGUGAGGAGCAGACUUGGCCUCCCGGCGAACACCCCCAGGCUGCAGAGGCACCAUCUGAAAGAGAAGAGGAGCACCGGCCGCCUGAGGAAAUGAAGGCGGGCCAUCAGCCGUCCUCCUCUGCUCUUCUCGGUGGUUCCAGCGAACUCAAGAACGGAGGACUCAAUUGCCAAACGGCGCCGGUCGGUCCCGAAGGGCAAGAAGGGCUGUCGAAGGGGACUCCGGCGGGACCAGAGAGAGAGAGGGGCUCACUAGCAAUGGAAAGUUGCCGUGGCUCGAAAUCGAGCUCUGAGUCAGAAAGUGAUAGUGAUGCAGACAGUUCAUCUUCUAUUUCCUCCUCUUCCUCCUGUCCUCCAAUGCUGUCUGAGGACGAUGAUCAACAAGAUAAAAAUGAAAAUAAGUCUUGUGCUACAGGAAAAAAAAGUGAAUUGUCUAAAGAGCCAGUUCCUGUUGAAGACAUAAUGAUAAUUCUACCUGAAUCUGUUGAACUGAUGCCUUUUGGAAAAGUUUCCAGCAUCAUUGAACAUCUAGUUAUAAUUGAGUCACAGAAGGGACUUCCUCCAGUGAAUGAAGACACAGUACUUUUCAAGGAAGAUCGUCAUUCAGUAGGAAAGAUCUUUGAGAUCUUUGGCCCUGUGUCACAUCCCUUUUAUGUACUACAGUUUAAUAGUCCUGAGCACAUUCAGUCUAAAGGUAUUAAAAUAAAAGAUGCAGUAUAUUUUGCUCCAUCUGUUGAAAGCUUCACUCAGUAUAUAUUUCCAGAAAAAUUGAAACAAGAGAAGGGAUCAGAUGCAUCUUGGAAGAAUGAUGAAGAGCCACCCCCUGAGGCUAUGGACUUCAGUGAUGAUGAAAAAGAAAGAGCAGCAAAAUUACAGAAAAAGUCUCAAAAUGUAAGAAGAAAAAAGCCCAGGUCACAACAAAAUGAUAGCAAUGAUAAUGGAAAUUAUCAGCCCAGACGACAAUACCCUUCAGAAUAUUCAGGCGGAUAUUGUAGGGGACAGCCUAUGCCCAGGUUUUCAUGGGGCAGUUCUCCUCGUGUAUCUCCUUUUCCACGUUUCUAUAGACAGCACAAUGUAACUCCACAAUAUUAUUCCUCUGACUGUGCAGAGCUGCGGAAACCACCUACUUUUUGUCAGCAACAGAGACUGGAGAGUAUGAGAAGACAUCAGUAUUCUUUCCCUCCCCCAUCUUUUGAAACUGUUGCUAGUGAUACAAAUUUUCCACCUCCACCACCAUCAGUAGCUUGGGGGUGGCCUCCUGGGUGUGCUCAGAACACCUAUGAGCCUUUGUUGUCUAUGUUGUCUUUACCUCCACCACCGCCACCUCCACCUCCACCUACAGCUCCUAACACUGGCAAUUCACCUUAGGACAGAAUAUAUUUUCAGAUAACCUACAAAAUAUCAAACAUCCUACCCGAAUGCUAGAUGUGCUAAUAUUUUCUCAUUUGUUUUGUGGGAGGCACAUUAUUUUUGAUUAUGUACAAAAAUUAAAAUGAGUAUUUUGUAUGAAAAGUAUGGAGAGAGGGUAUUUAAUGUCUGCUUAUGUCAUACAAAUCUAAUGGACAGAUUUAAAUAUUACAUAUUUCUGUUUGCAAUC